GCCGGCUGGACCGAGCACAGCACAGGACACAUUCCCUUUCCCGUCUACGAAGCGACCGGACAGUUCAGCUCAUCAGUCCAACUUAAUCGCUCGACGUGGACAGUUGCGUUGGCGACUCGAUUAAAAAAAAAAGAAAAAGAGAGAUAGACUAGCUCUUCUUUGGCCAUCAGUCCCCUAUUCAUUCAAAUCGAGGAGCCGUUGCGAACACAUAAAAAAAAAAAAACAAAUUACGAAUUUUGUUGAUUCAGUUUCGGCCCGCUCCGUUUGUUUGGCUAUUAACUACAAAAUAAAAUUUAAAAAAACAAACAAAAACAGAAGAGUGAAUUAAAACUCUACGGUGGAUAUUUCGCAUUGGGCAUCGUGUACCGAACCUGAAUUUCAAAUGCCCCAGUGAAAACGUUGUGCGUCGCCGUUGCAGUCAAGGAUUUCAUUAUUUUUUUUAAACAUUCAUUCUCUCCGGAACCGCAUAAUUACAGACAGCAUCCGAGGCAACGAGACUUUUCAUCGCAACUACCACUCACGUCUGUCACACACUGCAGCCUCCUCGGCUUCAAUAUAAAAAGAUGGAGAGCUGCUACGUACCAAACAAUCCCAAUUUCGCCUCGGUGGACCAGUGGACACCUCCCAGUCCAACUUCUCCGCCCGUCACUUCGUCGGCUGAAGUGAAACAGCAUCAUCACCAACAACAACAGCAGCAGCAGCAGCAGCAACAACAACAGCAUUACGCUCAUCAUCACCACCAUCAUCAUCACGAUCCCGUGAUUCAGCAAUUGUGCGACUCUUCGGAUUUGGUCCAUUCCGCCAAUGCAAUUUCUUCAUCGUCCGCCAAUGAUCCCUCUAGUCAAUUGACUUCGCUUUCCGCUUUGCCACCUGUGCAGGAAUUGUUGGGGCCUUGCCGAAGUCCAAACAGCGACGGGUCCGUCGGCAAUAAAGAUCGCGGCGGCGAUCCAUUUUCCGGAUACUCUUUGACGGCAUUGGAUUUCGAGCCGUUGCCUGGAUUCUUGACUCUCAGUUCGUGUGCAUCUUACAAACAACAUCAAGAAAUGGCUGACUUGCCACCACUCGGUUUCAAAUCUGGCCAAUCGUCUCACUCAAUUGGGAAUUACGGCUCCUUGUAUUCGAAUCAUCACUCGCCGCAACCGCAUGCCCAUCAACAGGGGCCCAUGUCUCCAUUCUCGGCUGCCGUUGCAGCUGCCACCCAACAGCAGCAAUCGCAAAACUCCGUCAUGAACGGAAACUCGGGCAGCGCUCAGUGCCAGUAUUCGUUCCACGGCCCAACAACGACGACAAGCCAAACGGCCAAAAUGCCCCAUCAUCACCAUCCUCAUCAUCAUCAUCCGCACCAUCAGCCAACGUCAGCCAGUUCGACACCCUCGUAUCAGGAGAGUAAUUACGGAGGAGCCGGAUGCGGAAGCGCCGGAAUCUUCCCGUCAAUGAGUGUCAACGUGUCGAUGAACAUGACCAUGGGCAUGGGCAUGAGUAUGGGACCAACCAUGAGUUAUGGAAUCGAAACUGGUGCGCCACUCCAAUGCUGGAACACCCACAACGUCACGUCCGGCAUUCACCACUUACCGGGAGUGGCGGCAGCGGCUGCGGCGGCAGCAACCGUCACAGUCAAUCCAAACAACACGGGAUAUCCCAUCGCCCCACCAGCUCAAGCUCUACUUAGCCCAAUCCAGGUUUCGUACAAUUCAAAUAUUUACCCGACAUCUUUCACACCGUCUUCGGCAUCCGGUUACUGCCUGCCAGGUGAUUGGCGACCUGCUGUGGAUCCUCCGGGUUUUUACGAACUGAAGGAACUCAAAGAAUCGUCUCCCAGUCCAUUCAGCAGCGGAGGAAGCAGCAAAAACUUCGCCAAGUCAAAAUCUUCUCCCCCUGUUCAUCAGCAAAGUAGCUACUCGACUUAUCCUUCUGCGGAAGCUUAUGCCAUCCCAGCCGGAAGCACCAGCCCAGUGGCCGUCAAAAAACGUCCCGUCCAGGUGAGGCAACCCAGUGUUACGCCUUCGGUGCCCAGUUUAACACCGACGGUCGACUACGAUGGAGAAAUGGCGUCUUGCGGAAGCGGAUUAUCGAACAGCAGCAGCAGCGGAAGCAGCAUCGGAUUGGGAGGAGCUGGAGGACAGGGCAAAGCAAAUUUGUGUCGAGUGUGCGGGAAAACAUACGCAAGACCCAGCACGCUCAAAACUCAUAUGCGGACUCAUUCCGGCGAAAGGCCGUACCGAUGCGGUGAUUGCCACAAAUCGUUUAGUCAAGCGGCCAAUUUGACAGCUCACGUACGAACCCAUUCGGGAGAGAAACCGUUUCGCUGCCAAAUUUGUGACCGUCGUUUCUCCCAGAGUUCGUCCGUCACGACUCACAUGCGGACGCACUCCGGGGAGCGACCAUACCGUUGCCGUAUGUGUAAGAAGGCCUUUUCAGAUUCUUCAACACUUACCAAGCACAUGAGGAUCCAUUCGGGCGAGAAACCUUACCAAUGCAAACUUUGCCUGCUACGUUUCUCACAGUCUGGUAACCUUAAUCGGCACAUGCGAGUCCAUUCGGCCACGUCGUGAUCUGUUUUGGAGUUUACGUCUCUCUUUAAGGGGAAAGAAAAGCAAAUCUCAUUAUAAAUAAUAACAAUAAUAAUAAUAAUAAACGAUGUCCAAACGUACAUCCUUGCAGGGAGGAGGGCUUGUACAGUGUCAAUCAAAUAACAUGUAACUCCCAACGAGUUUCCCCUGAAACCAAAGUUUUGUCUGUUGCCAAUACCAUAACAGUGUUCCUUACAGUCAAAUUCCACUUUCGCAUGAUGCGACCAAGGGAAAUUUCUGCUCGGAAAUCCAUUUUAAUAUUACGACUGAUCUCACAUGACAUGUAAAAAUAAUACGAUAUCGAAUACACUUGAAGACUUUA